ACACGGAAGUCCAAGUGACGGACCGCCCCGUGACGCAGCAAGGAAUGAUGGGCAUGCGCAUCGGCAACCGCGGGCCCCGGGCGCCAAGUCCAAGACGCGUCGUACUUUACGGGCAAAUUGCACCAGAAAACGUCCGAAAUCACGUCCGAAAUCGACAAGAUCACCAAGGAGAUUGAGCAAGAUGCCAAGGACAAGAGUCAGUAUGCGCAGCUCGAGAAGAAGUACGAGCAGCUUGCCGUGGAAGUCCGGGACCUCGAGGGCCAGCUCGCCGACUACAACCUCGCCAUGGACAAGCUCCGCAGCGCGACGGACCCGGCCGAGAUUCGCCAAGUGCAAGAGCAGCUGCACAACCGCAACAUCAAGGAGGCCGAAGAAGUCGAUCGGAUCUUCAUCAUGCGCCAAGACGAAGAGCGCACGACCAAGCACCUGGAAAACGAAAUCCAAGCGAUUCACAUGAAGCAGCAAGACAAGAUCAACCAGCUCGCACCCCAGAAGCUGGAAAUGUACCGUGCGCUUCUGGAAGAGAACCACCACGCCGAAGCCGAGCUCGAGGCCAAGUCACAGGAGCUCGACAUGCUCAUGCAAGCCAUUCGUGCCAAAGAAGACGAGCUGAGCAUGGACAAGUACCGGGAGGAGUACGAGCACCUUGAACACCAAGCGCUGCGUCUCAAGAAAGAGUGCAAGAUGGUUCAAGACGACCUCGCGACCGCGCAGAUGGACCCGAACGAAGCGCGGAACCUCCUCCUUGCGCGCGUCAAAGAUGACAAGAUCAAGAUGGAGCAAGUCGAAAAGCAGAUUGUGGCCAUCGACGAAGAGAAUGGUGGCCUCAAGAAGGCGCUCAGCGAAGGCAAGGCGGAGCUCGAGGAGCGCAAGAACGAAGGCGCCGAUGGCAACACGACGAGCCACAAAUACGACAUGCUCUACCAGCGCGACCAAGAAAUGACGCUCUUCAUGGAGACCUUUGAAGAGAAAAAGGGCAAGGAGCUCGAGGGCCAGCGGCAGUCCCAAGCCAUGGUCGUGCGCCUGCUCGAGCACAUUUCGCUGGGGCUGGGCCGCCAGGACAAGAUGCCAACGGCGGCUAAAGUGGAGGAAAUGAAGGGCGACUUGACGUUCAAGGAACGCCAGCUCGAGUCGGCGCAAACGACCAAGACACGGCUCUCGAUGGAGCUCGCGAAGCGCCAAGCCGAGCUGGAGAAGGUGAAUACGCUAGACGCCAAGAUCUCGGUCGAGCUCGGCUCGCUCAACACCAAGAUGGACACGAUGCAAAGCGACAUGGAGGGCUUCAAGAACAUCGACGAGAUGAAAGACACGCACGCCAACACCAAGCAGCUCCUUCUGCGCUACAAACAGCAGUACAUUCGCCGCCGGGAUGCGAUGAAGUCCCAAGUUAUCUUGCUCUCCAACCAAUACGAAAACGUCAAGCACACACUGGCCGGCAACGACACGGCCAAGACGCUCGACUCGCUCGAGCAAAAGCUCCGGCACCACGAGCAAACCAUCUACCACCUCAAAGAAUUCAUUGACACCAAGACGCGCGAAGUUGAGUACGAGCACGUCAAGCAAGACUGCCUCAAGCUGCUCACGGAGCUCAACACGUUCCGUAUCAAGGCCCAAGGCGUCGCGCAGACGUCCACGAUCGGCUUUUGAGCCAGCUCCUGGAACUCUAUACAUGUUGAUAUGCACCUAAUUUGGACCGCACACACACUAAUACAUCAACGAGGCCAAUGCCUCCUGGAAACA